AUGAGAAACUCAAAUGGCUUUAACUAUUUAAGAAAAAGUAGCAAUGAUGUAAAUAAGACAGUCCAUACUGCUAAUGCUUCUAAAGGGCAGGAUGAUUAUUAAACUAAAAAAAUUAAAAUUAACAAAGCUUUUAAGCUUAAUGUUAAUAAUUUUCAAGACCUUCAUACUAAUGUCAUUCCAUUCAACUCUAAUUAUUUGGUGUAAAAGAUGAGGAGACAUGAAAAUAAUGAAAAAGAGAAAAAAAUGAAUGAAAAUGACCUUAGAGAACUUCAUAUUGAGACAAGAGACGCUACUAUCUCGAGUGGUGAUCAUCUGAGUUAAUGUAGCCCUGGAUUAAUGUCUAUUGAAGAAGGUAUAUAGCAUUUAAGAGAAAAAUACCCCUCUUCAAAUCUUACUCAUUAAAUUUUUAGAAACAUCUAAAAAAAGGAAGAAAAUAUAGAAAAAAGCGAUUAAUUAGAGAUAAAAUCAUCAAGAGAAAAUAACAAUGAAAAUGAAAUAAAUGAUAAAAACAUUCAAAGUAAUUUUUAUACUGUUAGAACUGUAAAUAAUCAUGUUAGGGAUAACUCUGUAAGCGUUACAUCUAGAAGAUUUAACUUUGAAGCCUUAGAAAAUCAUAGGACCAGUAUUUCAUAAUCAAACAUGCAAGCUAUAAUAAUGGAUGCUAUAAAUACGAGAAAAAAUGAUGAAGAAAAGCCAAUAUUUGUAGUAAACCGUAAGCCUAAAUCAAAGGUUGUGAAUAGUCCUUAAAGGAAUAUUAAGAGAUUGGAUCUUGCAAUCAUAGAUUAUGAUUAAAAUAAAAUUCAAAAGCACUCCUCUUUAAACACCUAAAUGAUGGGUGAUUAAAUUUCUCCAAAGAAUAAGAUCAAAAUUGUAGACUAAAAUGAUGAUCACCAUCUAAUAUUUUCUUAAUAAAGCUCUAUAUAUCACGAUUCAAACAUUGUUUCUGAGAUUAACCUUGGCCCAAGACAUUAAAAUCAUGAAAUUUAAAGUAUCUCUAUUAAAAAUAAUACUCUUGAAUCAUUAUCUUAAGAAAAUAAGUUCAUCUUUUAAGUAAACGGUAAGGAUAUGAAAAAAAUUAAAGAGUAAUCUGUAGAGUCAUAUAUUGAUACUAGUUCUAUAUUAAUGAUGAACUCUCCUGAGUAAUUAUCAAUUAAUAUGAAUCCAAAUCUUGAAUAGCACAUGGAUGGCACAUAAAACUAUGCUAUUUCACCUUAAUCCUUAACUUUUGAUGAGGAAGGUUUAAGAAUAUAAAUUAGUAAAUAACUCAAUGAGAGAGACAAUUCUAAACUAACACCCUCAAGAAUUGUACUUUCAAAAAAGCAAUUUUAAUUUAUCCCUGAAGUUUCACCCUAAAAUGACUACGAAACAUUUAAGCAAGAAUUAAAUAAUAAUUCUUUACAAUAAAAAAAAACCUUAAGCAAUAUUCUAGAAAAUAACAAUUAAAUUGUGGACUAACCUUAAAAUCUAGCUUAACUAGAUAUUUCUCAUUAAAGCUCAUACGAAUCAAAAGAAGGAAGGGCCACAAGACUAGAGGUGCUUAAUACAAAUAUGAUAACUGCUGAAGUCAGAAAGAUCAAUUAAAAAAUUCUAGAAAAAAGCAAAAUGAGACAUUCUAGUAAUGACAGAAAGUAAUAACCUAAAAAGAGAAAUCAAGAAUUUCAGCAAUUUCAGAAAAAUAUUUCGAGUUUUGAAAUUAAGUUAUAAGAAGACAUUAAUAAGGACAACAUUCAUUAGUUAAUACUUGAAAGAAUUCAUGAAAGACAAAAUGGGGGCUUUGAAUCAACUGUAACAACUUAGAGAGCUGACAAGAAAUCACAAGGUUAACUUACACCCGCAAUAAAUCAGAUAAGUCAGAGCUUUGGGCCUAAACUAUAUUGGAAAGAUAAAAAGCCUUUGACAUCUAAUCCAAGUGCAAGACUUAAGCCAAGGGAUUUUAAAAAAGAAUCAAACCAACAUUCAUUAUCUAGGGAAUAUCCUAUGACGCGAGCACAUUCUUUUAAAUUUAGAGUUAAAGCUGGCUAUUAUGAAGGAGGGUAAAAUAGCAGAACAACUUUGGCUAAUAAUCCACCACAAGAUCUAAGCAAUUAAGCUUUGAUGAAUUAGAGUAGAAAAUCAUCUGUAAAUAGCAGUGUUGUGGCUAGUAUCGAAAGGCCAGUAGUUGAUAUCAAAAUCAAAGAUUAAUUAGAUGAAAUGGAAAUUUAAGAAUCUCCCUAUAAGCUCGAUGAAACUUAUAUCAAUAACUCAAACAAAAAGUAGUGCAGUUAGUUUUAUAAAAUUAGUAAUGACAAUAAGAUUAAUGGUUAGUUGAACUUUGUAAUGAAUAGGUUAAACUCUGGAGGCAACUCAGAAGCUUAGAAUCGUAAUAUAAAAUUUAAUCCACAUUAAAAUUUACAUGAUGAAAGAUUAAAUUCAGAGAAUACAAAAUAUAGGGGAUAACAGAAUAACAAAAUAAAAAGAGGAAUAGCAAGUCCAAUUAAGAAAAGUUUUGCUGCAUCUCAUAAAUAGUAAAUGUAUCAGGAAAGAAUGUACAUUAGCAUGCCCACUUCCAUUUAAGAAGAAUAAGAAAAGAUUCAUAGUUCAUUAAUCUAAUAAUAAUUAGAUUUUGAAAUAAUUGGCUAAAGGGCUAACAUUACUAAAAUAACUACAAGGCCUACUGAUGAAAAUACACAAAUAGAAGAAUAAGAUAUUUAAUAGUAGGAAUGA